UCUCGCCACUGGCCGUGGCCGUUACUGUUGCCUCCGUGAGGCUCUGGCGGCGGCGGCGGCUCCCGGGGCUCGCGGAGGGCAGCGGGCCGACCCUCGCCCGUGGCCGCCUGGAGCAGCCCAGCGCUGGGACCGGGGAGGCAAUACGGCGGCGGCGGAGGCGGCGGGUUGUGCCCGGCCCCCCUCCUCUACGCCUCCAGCCCCCGGGCGACUGCGGACUCCGGGCAGCCCCCGGGCGGCGGCCGAGGCGGCCAAGCUGACGGCCGGGGAUGGCGAGAUAGCGGCGCGGGAGCGGCUCAAAGGGGCAGAGAGAGCGAGCGAGCGAGCAGGAGUGUGCAGUUUUCUACCUCUUAUGCUGGAAAAUGCCGGAAGACUAUACACCAGAUGUUAGAACUGACUACAUUGCACAGAUGAUGGACAUUUCCUUAUAUUUGAAACGACCAUCCCGGAUGGGGGACAGUAAAAGAAUGAGGAUGACUUCAAAUUUCCAGUGGCUGUUAUUAACAGUUCUUCUUCUAUAUUUAAUGAAUCAAGUAAACAGCCAGAAGAAAAGGACUCCUCGUGAUUUGAAGUGUAUAACUAACAAUUUACAAGUGUGGGACUGUUCUUGGAGAGCACCCUCUGGAGCAGGCCAUGGUGCUGCUUAUGAAGUUUGCUUUGAAAACGGGUCCCAUUCUUGUUAUCGAUUGGAGAAAAAUAUUAAACUCCCAGCUCUUUUACCUGGUGAUCAUGAAAUAACAAUAAAUCCUUUACACGAUUUUGGAAAUUUUAUAAGUAAAUUCACACUAAAUGAAAAAAACGUUUCCUUAAUUCCAGAUGCUCCAGAGAUCUUGGAUUUGUCUGCUGAUUUCUCAACUUCUACAUUACACCUAAAGUGGAAUGACAAGGGUUCUGUUUUUCCACAUCACUCAAAUGUCAUCUGGGAAAUCAAAGUUCUACGUAAAAAGAAUAUGGAAAUCGUAAAAUUAGUGACCCACAACACAACUCUGAAUGGCAGAGAUACAGUUCAUCACUGGAGCUGGAUCUCAGACAUGCCCUUGGAGUGCGCCACUCACUAUGUGGGAAUUAGAUGCUACAUUGAUGAUCCUCAGUUCUCUGGUCGCAAAGAGUGGAGCGACUGGAGCCCACUGAAGAACAUCUCUUGGUCUCCUGCUUCUCAGACUAAGGUUUUUCCUCAAGACAGAGUGCUACUUGUAGGCUCAGAUAUAACAGUAUGUUGUGUGACUCAAGAAAAAGUGUUAUCAGCACAGAUUGGCAGUACAUAUUGUCCCCUUAUCCAUCUUGAUGGGAAAAAUGUUGCAAUCAAGAUCCGUAAUAUUUCUGCUUCCGAAAGUAGUGGAACAAAUGUGGUUUUCUCUGUAGAAGAUAACAUGUUUGGAACAGUUAUUUUUGCAGGAUAUCCACCUGAUAUUCCUCAAAAACUGAACUGUGAGACAUAUGACUUAAAAGAGAUUAUAUGCACUUGGAAUCCAGGAAGACCGACAUUCUUGGUGGGCCCACGCAAUACAAGUUACACUUUAUUUGAAAGUUUUUCAGGAAAAUAUGUUAGAUUUAAAAGAGUUGAGUUGCCCACAAAUGAAAGCUAUCAGUUAUUCUUUCAAAUGCUUCCAAAUCAAGAAAUAUACAAUUUUACGUUGAAUGCUCGAAAUCCUCUGGGUCAAUCAGAAUCAACACUUUUAGUUAACAUAACUGAAAAAGUUCAUCCCCAUAUUCCUACUUCAGUCAAAGUGAAGGAUAUCAGUUCAACAGCUGUUACACUUUCCUGGCAUUUACCAGGCAGCUUUGCAAAGAUUAAACUGUUAUGUCAAAUUGAAAUUAAUAAAACUAACUCAGUACAUGAAUUGCGGAAUGUCACAAUGAGAGGAAUAGAAAAUUCAAGUUAUCUUGCUGCUGUGGAUAAGUUAAAUCCAUAUACCAUAUAUACUUUUCGGAUUCGUUGUUGUACUGACCCCUUCUGGAAAUGGAGCAAGUGGAGCAAUGAAAAACAAUAUUUAACCACAGAAGCCAUUCCUUCAAAGGGACCAGAUACUUGGAGAGAGUGGAGUUCUGAUGGAAAAAAUUUAAUAAUAUAUUGGAAGCCUUUACCCAUUAAUGAAGCUAAUGGAAAAAUACUUUCCUAUAAUGUAUCAUGUUCAUCAGACGAGGAAACACAAUCCCUUUCUGAAAUUCCUGAUCCUCAACAUAAGGCAGAAAUACAACUUGAUAAAAAUGACUACAUCAUCAGUGUGGUGGCAAAAAAUUCUGUGGGCUCAUCGCCACCUUCUAAAAUAGCUAGUAUGGAAAUUCCAAAUGAUGAUCUCAAAAUAGAGCAGGCUGUUAGAAUGGGAAAUGGGAUUCUGCUCACUUGGAAUUAUGACCCCAACGUGACUUGUGACUAUGUAAUUAAGUGGUGUAACUCAUCUCGGUCUGAACCCUGCCUCAUGGACUGGAAAAAAGUCCCUUCGAACAGCACUGAAACUAUAAUAGAAUCUGAUCAGUUUCGACCAGGUGUAAGAUAUAAUUUUUUUGUGUACGGGUGCAGAAAUCAAGGAUAUCAAUUACUACGUUCUAUAAUUGGAUAUGUAGAAGAAUUGGCUCCAGUUGUUGCACCAAAUUUUACUGUUGAGGAUACGUCUGCAGAUUCGAUAUUAGUGAAAUGGGAAGAAAUUCCUGUGGAAGAGCUUAGAGGCUUUUUAAGAGGGUAUUUAUUUUACUUUGAAAAAGGAGAGAGAGACACAUCUAAGAUGAGGGUUUUGGAAUCGGGUCGUUCUGACAUAAAGGUUAAGAAUAUUACCGACAUAUCCCAGAAGACACUGAGAAUUGCUGAUCUUCAAGGUAAAACAAGUUACCAUCUGGUCUUGCGAGCCUAUACAGAUGGAGGAAUGGGGCCAGAGAAGAGCAUGUUUGUGGUGACGAAGGAAAAUUCUGUGGGAUUGAUUAUUGCCAUUCUCAUCCCAGUGGCAGUGGCUGUCAUCGUCGGAGUGGUAACGAGUAUCCUUUGCUAUCGGAAACGAGAAUGGAUUAAAGAAACCUUCUACCCUGAUAUUCCAAAUCCAGAAAAUUGUAAAGCUUUACAGUUUCAAAAGAGUGUCUGUGAGGGAAACAGUGCUCUUAAAACAUUGGAAAUGAAUCCUUGUACCCCAAAUAAUGUCGAGGUUCUGGAAACUCGAUCAACAGUUCCUAAAAUAGAAGACACAGAAAUAAUUUCUCCAGUAGCUGAGCGUCCAGAAGAUAGCACUGAUGCGCAACCGGAAAACCAUGUGGUUGUGUCAUAUUGUCCACCGGUCAUUGAGGAAGAGAUAGUGAACCCAGGAGCGGAUGAAGCCGGAGGGGCCUCACAAGUCAUUUACAUUGACAUUCAGUCCAUGUACCAGCCUCAGGCAAAACCAGAGGAAGAACCCGAAAACGACCCUGUAGUGGGGACAGGCUAUAAGCCACAAAUGCACCUCCUCGUUACUUCUACUGUAGAAGAUCUGGCUGCAGAUGAUGAUUUAGACAAAACUGCAGGUUACAGACCUCAGGCAAAUGUAAAUACUUGGAACUUAGUAUCUCCAGACUCACCUAGGUCCACAGACAGCAACAGUGAAAUUGUCUCUUUUGGAAGUCCGUGCUCCAUUAACUCCCGACAAUUUUUGAUUCCUCCUAAAGAUGAAGAUUCUCCUAAAUCUAAUGGAGGAGGCUGGUCCUUCACAAACUUUUUUCAGAACAAACCAAACGAUUAACAGUGUCUCCCUGUCACUUCAGUCUACCAUCUCAAUAAGCUCCUGUUGCCGGGUCAGCACUGGGCACCUUGGAGGGAUCCUGUGAAGUGUUGCUAGUGAGGUGGACUUCACUCAUGCAAGUUACACUGAAAGUGUUAAUGUGCUUUUAAUGUGGUCUCAAAGCCAAAGUACAAUAACUCAGAAAUUCAAUCCACACAACUCACAAUUUGGAGCUAUUUGUGAUUCGAGCCAAAGAAUUCUAACAUUGCUUUACCUUUAGGAAGCAUUUCAAUAACGGAUACUGCCUGGUCCAUACGUGCAAAACAAAUCCCACAGCAACUAUGUUCUGUUCUGUUGUUCAUCAGGUUUUCUCAUGCAUAUACCUUAUGGAAUUGUAAGCAGAUUUGCAGGCAAGGGAGAAAAAUGUCAGAGUAACAGAUGAUGUUUAUUUGCCUGACAUUUGCUCCAUUCUAGAUGAAAAACAAGCACAGAUUUUAAAACUUUUAACAUUAUUCUCUAUCCACAGAAUUUAAGAAAAUUAAUAUAAUUUUUAAUGUAUCAACAGCAACACCUAUUUAGUGUUUUGUUUGAUAAAGUAUGUUGAUUUCUGUGCCUACUGUAUAAUGGUUAUCAAACAGUUUUCUCAGGGGUACAAACUUGGAAAACGAGCGUGACACUGACCAGCUCAAAUCAGAAUCAUGUUUUCUUGCUUUGGAAGAUUUUUCACACCGUUCCAUUAUUUUUUAGCUUUUAUGCUAGCUUCCCUUAUUAGGUUGCCCUAAUAUUUAAAACUAAAUUUCUAGGACUAUAGACCUUAAGUUUAAAAAACAAAUUCAUUGUUUUUUUUUUUUUGGUGACAGUGUCAGCUUUAUAAAUAUAUGAGCAAAUUCAAUAUUCCUCAUAAGCAUGUAAUUCCAGUGACUUACUAUUUGAGACGACUACUAAGCAAUAUCUGGCGGCAUUAGCCGUCUGUAUAGUUCGGAUUGGCCUCAGUCCCUCCUGAGAAGACCAUGCUUUGAGCCCCGGUUGCCCAGGCAGUGACGAUCUCUGACACCUUCUAGCAGGUGUUCCUCCUCAUUGUGCAUCUUAGCAGUUCCUCCCUCUUAAAGGGUCAUCAGUCCAGACUAUCUGAUUCAGUCCUCAGAUUUUUACAUGUAAAACUAAAAAGAUAAUGCGUCUUACAGGGACAGUUACUCAAGGGCUGUUUUAUGUGGAGUAUCAUAAGACGGCUUUGAACCCGUGGGCAUACCCGUGGGCACACCCGUAUUAAAGGUGCAGCAGUUGCUCUGGGCGUCGUCCAGAGUUGUGUCCUCGCAGCAUCCUCUGCCCACCGCUGGUUCUCAUAAGUGAUGUCUAGAAUGAAUGUGGUUCUUGGAAAAGCAAACUGAAAAUCUACAAAGUGUAUAUUUUCCCUGCCCUCAGGUUGUCUAUGUAUUUUGAGUUAAGGCCAAAGUACUUGAAAAUUUGGAAGAUCUAAAGAAGUCAAGAUAUGCCUUUUUUUUUUUUUUUUAAUCAUCUGAGGUUCUGUAAUGUGUUUGCACAUAAUGGAUCAGUUUUUUUUUUCUAGCCCAUAAUGUAUCGUUGUAAAAACCAUGUUGUGGAAAAAAGCCACAAUAAGGGUGACAAGGGAGAAAGUCUGUUUAGGUACUCUGUUUAUGAAUCCUGAUUUUAAUUGCUAGGAUUCAGUUAAAUUCCUGAGCUUCUUGAUAUAUGAACAUGUGGAGUGAAAUACAAUUAAUUAUGUAUACAAAUAGUGUAGUAAAACUACAUAAUAGCUCACAGAAAUUUUCAACAACGAAAAUUAUAUCAAACCAGAGCCACCUGUAAACAGUUCGCGCUGUCUUCUCAUUUCUCCUGUUGGGCUCCUUCCCUUUACUUCCACCCCAGACACUCAGACCUGGGCGUGCCUUCUCUCCCUGCAGAAGCUUGUCAUUACCACACCCCUCUUGCCCCCAACUCAUGCCUUUUUCCCCAUCAAAACUCACCAGUCGUGUACCUCCUCUCUUUAGGAUAAGUGUUGGCCAAGGUAGAAGUUUACUGAUCUAAACUCCACUAACCUGAGGUAACGGGAAAAGGCCAGAAGAGAUUGUUUGAUCUCCGCCAUUAAUGCAUAUGUGUUUCAACUGUGACCAUCUGUAUCCAGAGCCCUAUCUAACCUACAUUAUGACUCAUUUGUUUGGCUAAUGGUGAAUAUCACCGGGGCUCUUGAGUCCUAUCACUCCAUCCAAGACUUCACAGCUUUUUCUGCAUGAAGAAGAUUCAGGGUGCAGCUCACCUCUCCCCUGCCUCUGGAGAUCCAUAUGCCGGAUCACUGGGUCAAUGAGAAGCAGAGUAUCGCUCUGUUAGUCUGGGCAGGCUCCUUGUAACCUGUGAUAUGCUUAGAAGAGUGUGGUUUAGGUCUGAGGUCAAAACAGUUUUCCUUAUCUUUUCCCAUUGAAUUGAGGAUGGCCAGACCUGCUCUGCAGAUGGGAAGGGAUUACUUCCCAACCCCUGCCCCACCUGGGCACAUGGGGACAGGGCGAGGGGAGGGAGCUGGGGAGAGAGAAAACACCCUCUGUCACAUAUCUCUGGUUGCUUGUGGCACUGGAGACCCUGGUAAACGUGCACUGUUUGUCAGUGCCAGGACCAUGCACACGGGUGACAGGUGGUCUAAUAGGGCCUUUCUCUGUCCAGUCACAUUAGCUCCUCUUUCUGGGGGAGGGCUAACCAAAGGCUGCUUAGAAGGGGAGGCUAGAUGUGUUCCCUCCAGCGCUUCCUGACUGGGAGAAUAAUUGGGAAACCCCUCUUUCCUGCUAAAGUUUCCAGCUAGAACCCAAUCAUUGGUUAGAAAAUUCUAAAUGUCUGACGCAGAAGUAUAUCCCAUUAUGUCUUGAUUAGUGCUGUGUAAAGGAUACAUUUUCACAUCUCCUACAAGCCAGUUAACUUAUCAGCCAGUUUCAGAUCAAGCUUCCCUUGUGAGGAAUGGAGAUUCUGGUGGUCAUUUUGACUGCAUUUCUCUUGUGAGUGGCCAUCUUAAAUAAACAAUAUUGAACAUAAAAGUCUUCUUGGAAGCCUUAGCUAGGCUUCUGACGUUAGACAGACCUUGUAAGUUAUGUACUGCGUGGAUUAGCAUCCGUAUACAAUUGAAGUCUUCAGUGUGCUGAACCUGUAGAAGCCUGGAUUUGACACGAUGGCCCGAGUAUCUGGAGAGUUGAAUUGGGUGUUCAUGUGCUUAGGUGAUAGAGGUGCUUUGUUCCUGCAGCUUAGACACAGACGCAGCCAUUCACGGGAAAGUUUCAGCCUCAUUUUCCAUACCAGCAUUGCUUUCAUGGUUCACGGAUCUGAAGGAGUGCAUUUAGAACAUCUACUCCUCUUGCACUCUCGGAAACUGUGGUAAAAGUCACAUUCUUCAACCUUCAUGAAACUUGUAUUCUUGUUGGAAAUUAGUCCUGUAAUUUCUUAAUUGUCUUCAUACCAUCCAUCUUUAAAGAACAUGACAGGCCUUUCUGUAUUUGAAUAAUUAGAUGUAGUUUAGUGGAGACUAGGGAACACUUUCUUCCAAAAGGAAUUUGGAAUCAAUUUUAUGAUAGCUUGAAAUGAAAGUACUCCCUAACCUGUCAAUAUGCAGAAAAUGUUAUGUCAAAUUUUUCUACUGCUCAGGCACAUAACCAGAUAAAACUUUUUUUUUCUAUUUAAUUUUUACUGUUUUCUGUUUUGAACCAUGUUAAAAUUUGUAUAUCUUUUAUAAAAUGCCUUUUUAUCCUUAUUUUGAAAGUAUAAAAUCGGGCAUCUCAGAAGUCAAAUGUAGGAUCAUUAGCUAAUCAGUGGAAGUUCAGUCAAUUUUUUAUUCACUGAGUUCCAUCCCAGAAUGUGCAGAUUCAACAGAGUUUUCCUGAAAGGUGGUAUGUGUCAAGAUCUAGCUUGUGUAGGUCUGAGACCAUUGGCUUGAAGAUUCAAAUCUACUCUAGAAGUGACUCCACAGUUUGAGUGAAAACUUGAGAAAGACUCAUGCAGAAGCAUCACUAGAUAUCUUAUUCCAUCCUAAUUUUAAGUGUUCACAGUAUCUUUUUAUUUGAUGGGUACACAACGUGGGACAUGUUUGUACCAACCAAGUGUUUCUAGUAAAUCAACAGCACAUUGAUGUGUGAGCUUAACUGACUAGGAUAAGCACUCAUUCUCCUGAUAAACUCUUUCUUCAAAGCAUUAUUUUAAACUCGUAUUUCCUGCUGAAACAACGUUUCAUGGUAGCAUGCCCAUCUUUAUUUUUUAUAUCCAGGAGAAAAUCUUUCACAAAAGAAAAUAAGUUGUGACUAAACUUACUGGAAAUGCAGCUUUUAGACAUGACCUUAGAAUAUCAUUGUUAAUGGCUUGUUUUGAAUUUGGUCUGUUUAUACCUCCAUGGAUUAUGUACCAGGGCUAUUAAUAUUUAAACCUCUUAUUUCAAUAGGGUGGUGAGAUUUUUAUUCCUUUUCAGUUAGUACUUUUUUCUUAACUAUUACAUGAUCAUAUUCAUGCUAAUUAUAAUACAAAGGAACUAUUUUUAAUGCUGAUAAUGGAUUAAAGAACAACAUUCUGUUCAUUGAAAUGUCAGGCUUUAUUGUAUAUGGUAAAAUUUCAGGGAAUGUGAUUUGAAUAUAUCCAAACUCUUAUAAUUAUGAUACUGAGUUAUGACAGGAUUCUAUUAAUUUUAACCAUGGGUAGCAUUUGUUCCUCUAUUAAGAAUGUUAAUAUUUUGGAUUAUACAUGUCCAUGUUAUCAAGAGAAUUUACCUGUGCAAGACAAAUUCUAACUGUGCAACAUUUUUAUGAAAAUGAAAAGUGAUGUUUUUAAGAGGGAAACCCUCUGAAUUUUUUUUCCUAUGUGCAGGUGCCUAGUUGAAGAAACGUAGAAACAAUAAAUUCAAAAGCUCUUAAAUACUAACCAAAUACAAAACAGUAAUAACUUAUAUUACUUUUUGGUUGCUAUAACUGAAUACCCUAAAAACUGAGAGAUGUGAAUGGGGGAAAAAAUGAAUGUUUAAUUGAUAAAGAAUUGGUUUUUAUUACAUUUACAUAUAUCUUCUAAGAUUGCCUUUGCAGUAGCCAAUCAGAACUUUAAAACAAACAAAAAAACUAAUAAUAUAGACCUUAUGCUGCACUUAAGCCAAAAAUACUUUGUAUACCUGAUUGAAUGGAUCACUUAAAUGUAUUGAAUUUCCUUAUACAUUUAAAAUGUACUUCCCUUAAGAAUUACUCCAUUUUAAAUGGGUAACUUUCAAUUUCUGAACUUACUAUUUUUCCUCAGCAUUCUGGUGGUAUAUUAUAAAAGAUCGGAAGAUUUCUAGGUGGUAAUGCAAUUUUAAUUAAAAAACAUGGACAAGUUAACUGUUAGGUUUAACCUUAACAUUAGUAUUUUUGUAGUUGAUCGUAGAAAACAGUACUGAAUAAUGAUUUUCAUAAAAUUUUUUUUUCAAAUACUCUGUCCCCUGUUUGAUUUUCAGUACUUUUUCCUAUUAUUUAUGAUAUAUCCUUCAAUUUAAUUUUUUCCUUCCAACAUAAUGUUUCAGAAAAAUGUGAAUACGUUAUGAAUACAACACACAAAAAGAAACCCUAUUCCAUUCACUGUUGUGGAAGGGUAGGUAUUACAUGAUACCCUGGGAUUGGGAUUUGUUUUAUCCAAUUAUUUUCUCCAAAAGGAGCAAGGCGUUUUCUUACAUUUCAAUUCAGAAUUGCUUGAAAAAGAUUGGCCUGGAUAGAGAGACAUCCUAAAUUUGAGAUGGUGCCACCUUAAGGUAUGUCCAAAGGUAAAGUCAUUUUAGAACAUUCAGUUUUCCUAGUAGGAGUGUGUUACCUUUCUUUCUCUUUCAUUAGCUGGCCACAAGUCAGAGGUCCUUAUAAUGCUAGGAAGUUACCAUUUUUUACUUUCAAAAUUGCAUUAUAGUGAAUUACUGUUUACAAAAUACACAUACUGUGAACAGAUAUGUUUUUGUCUUUUAUAAGGUUGUUUGUAGAAUGAGUGUUUUUUUAAAGGGGAUGUUAUAUGUUAAAUAUUUUCAGUUUUUUAUAAAUACUAGUAACUGUUUACUAAUUUUUGUUUGGUCAGGUGUGUGCAAAUGUAGCUGAAAGAUAGGGAGAAACUGCAAAUCCAGAACUGUUUCAUUUUUCAUUUCUUGAAAUGUUACCACUACAGACUUUUUUUUUUUAAUCUGAAUGAUCAGUUGUGAUGCUCUGUACCUAAAAUCGUGCUUAAUCAUAUCAGGAAACAUUUAAAUAUACAUAUGCAGGAAGCAAACUAUAGAUUGCAGUAUAUUUGUGUGAUAUUCAGUCUGAUUCACACAAGUCUGAGUUUAAUAUGGAAUAAAACAACUCCACUUACAGAGACAACAACUGAAGUAUUUUCUACCUUAUGAAAAUUUGGAGAUUAUGUUGCUGUUAGAAGGAAAAAUUUGGACAUUUUAUAUCAUUGUAUAAUUUCAGAAUUUAGUUUCCAUAUCUUUUGGGAGACAUGGUUAAUAGCAAGAACAUAGAAUAUAAGUAACCUAUUACUAAGACACCUUAAAUGUAAAACUAGUAUGCUUGGCUGUUAACUCUAAAGAUGUUACUUAUGUUUGUUUUUAAAACAUGCAUGUAUUUAACAAUUUUAUCAUAGUAUUGUCAUGGAAAAAAUAAAUAUAUUUUCUUACAACUUA